AUGUAUUAAAACGAUGAGGACAGGCUUCCAGAAUUGCAAAGGGAGAUUUAAGAAUGUUUGGAUGCACUUGAACAUAUCGGCAAGACUCCCUAUCCAUACCCACAUUCUAUCCUAUAACUUUAUCAGGAUCUCAAUAAAUCACUAAAAAAGUUAUUCAUAAAAUCAGCAAAAUUGAAAGAGCAAAGCAUAGUUCCAAAUAGUUAAGCGACAUUAAAAUAUUGUGAUGGUUCAUUGGAACUCUAAUCAAUCAUUUACAACAAUGAAGUGCAAUAAGUUUGCAAACUUAGUCACAAGGAUAUUGAGAAGAAACAAUUAAAUUUGAAAUCUAUGUACUCUUUUGCUAAAGAACACCCCUAUUUGGAUGAUAAAAAGAAAAAAAGAAGAAGAUGA